CAAAAUGAUCAUUUUUGCGCUUAAAUCCACGAGGUGGACUUAAACACGCAGAUAAACGUUCAAACUAAGAGAUAAAUCGCAGCCUGGCCAAUGGUUUCCGGAAAUACGCCGACGAAAUACAAAGUAAAUGACUAGCUGAGGGACGCUUCACUGUUGCUAGUCACUUUUUGUUCAGAGAACGACAAAUGCGUAUCGAAAAAAUUUCCAAACUUUUAAUUGCUGUAUGUAUGAGGAUUUGGGAACAGAUGAAAACGAACAACAAGUGCGAGGGCUCGCAUGGCAGGGAAUGAGUUAAAUGUCAGCGUCCACCAAAGGGGGUUGGGGGCGGCGCUGCACUGGGGCCCCUCUCGGGCCCCGCCUAGCAUUGAGGGAAAGUGUGACUCGACAUUUAGCAGCCGAGAGGGAAAACUUCAGCCUGUCAAAAGUCCACAACCGAGCCGAGGGAGACGGCGGUCCCAAGUCCAAUGGUCAGGGGCGUACGUCGCACUUUGGACCCGGUCUGGUGCACAGAUUGCAGCGGGUCCGCAUGAGGCUUCGUCCCCAUAUUGAGAACCAGUGGGGCACCGAACGCAGUCAUGUCGGGUCAGCCGAGUUUCGUCAAUCCCUUCCACGGCAGGACGUCCAGCCUGGCUGCAGCCGCCCCUGCAGGCAAAGCCAAGCUGACGCACCCCGGCAAGGCCAUCCUGGCAGGCGGCAUCGCAGGCGGCAUCGAGAUCUGCAUCACCUUCCCCACAGAGUACGUCAAGACUCAACUGCAGCUGGACGAAAAGGCCAACCCCCCCAAGUACAAGGGCAUCGGCGACUGCGUCAAACAGACGGUCAGCAGUCAUGGCGUCCGGGGGCUUUAUCGGGGUCUCAGCUCGCUAGUCUACGGAUCGGUUCCCAAAGCCGCCGUCAGAUUUGGCACGUUUGAGUUCCUGAGCAACAAGAUGCGCGACCAAAACGGCAAGCUGGAUAGCAAGCGCGGGUUCCUGUGCGGCCUCGGCGCCGGCGUGGCUGAGGCCGUGGUGGUCGUGUGUCCCAUGGAGACGGUCAAGGUCAAAUUCAUCCACGAUCAGACGUCGGCCAACCCCAAGUACAAGGGAUUCUUUCACGGGGUGCGUGAGAUCAUUCGAACACAAGGCCUAAGGGGAACGUACCAAGGUUUGACGGCCACCGUGCUGAAACAAGGGUCCAACCAGGCCAUUCGCUUCUACGUCAUGACUUCUCUCAGGAACUGGUACAAAGGUGACAAUCCGAACAAAUCCAUUAACCCGGUGGUAACGGGGCUCUUUGGAGCCGUAGCCGGAGCAGUCAGCGUGUUCGGAAAUACGCCACUGGAUGUCAUCAAAACCCGCAUGCAGGGUCUGGAAGCGCACAAGUACAAAGGCACUGUGGACUGCGCAAUAAAGAUCAUGAAGCACGAGGGGCCUAAAGCAUUCUACAAAGGGACCGUGCCUCGUCUGGGUCGGGUGUGUUUGGACGUAGCCAUCGUCUUCAUCAUCUACGAGGAAGUGGUGAAGGUCCUCAACAUGGUUUGGAAAACGGACUAAGACGGACCGGGCCGUCCGAAGCGUUAACCUCUGGUGCUUGGCUUAGUGAUUUUUGUAGCAUCUAACUGGACAGCAACAAUCCUCUCUUUUCAUUCUAGGAAAAAACAGGACUAUCUGAAUGACCAAAAAAUCCUACUUGAAGAUUUUAAAACGCUUUUACUUAUGCGAUUGUGUUGAUUUUCUUUAGAAAUGAGAUGUUAUAGAAAACUUUUUAAGUGCCUCCUCGCUGUACGAUUUUAACAAGUGUUUAUGUUUGGCUUCCACUAUUAGUGCCUUGGGAGUUUCUUCCUGAUCUCUGUUGUGCCAUAUCAGAUGUUUACCAGCCUGAAAUACAUAUACUGUACUUGUUCCAUAAAAUGCCAGGUUUUCCAACCUUUGGGCUCAAGAGCCAACCAAAAACAUCAAUACAUUCCCGGCCUACAAGCAUGUGUGCAACAUUUAGAUUAGUUGCAGGGUUCAUCAGAUUAAAGCGGAAGUUCAGAAUUUUUGACAUUAGGCUUAAUCUUCGAGUUGAUUGAUUUCAACAAAUUCCGUGUAGUUUGUAUGUUAUUUGUUAGUUUCAGGGCUGCGGAGUGUCUAAGCUAGUGCGACUCAAUGGUCCCUUCCUAACAUGCCGAUAAAAAAUGAUACAAAUCAACUAAAAGAUCUCACGUAGUCAAUCAAAUAAAUUCAAAAUGCGGAUCAUUGUUCCAAAACAACCAUGUGACCAAAACAAUGUCACCAGAGGUGGGUAGAGUAGCCAAAAAUUGUACUCAAGUAAGAGCGUUACUUCAAAAUAAUAUUACUCAAGUAAAAGUAGUCAUCCAAAAAAUAUACUCAUACAAUUUUUUAAAAGAGUAUCCGGUGAAAAGAAUACUCAAUGAGUAACUUUGUGAGUAACUGCUUAUGAUGUUUGAUUUUACUUUAUUUUUAAACAGCGGAAAAAACACAAACCUUUCGAGAGACUGCGAGAACCAAAAGUGGUAUUUGCCAUGUGGCUUUUUUCUCUGCCUUGUGGCAAAAUAGAUUUUGCCAUGUGGCAUUUUUUGCCGUGUGCCAAAAUAGAUUUUGCCAUGUGGCAAAUUUUUUUUGCCAUGUGGCAAAAUGGAUUUUGCCAAGUGUCGUUUUUUUCUUCGCCAUUUUGCAAAAUGGAUUUUGCCGUGUGGCAAAAUGGAUUUUGACCUGUGGCAUUUUUUUGCAAUGUGGCAAAAUGGAUCUUGCUAUGUGGCAUUUUUUUUUUGCCGUGUGGCAAAAUGGAGCUUGCCAUGUGGCAUUUUUUUUGCCGUGUGGCAAUUUCUUUUUUGCCAUGAGGCAAAAUGGAUUUUGCCAAGUGGCAUUUUUUUCGCCAUGUGGCAAAAUGGAUUUUGACCUGUGGCAUUAUUUUGGUAUGUGCCAAAAUAGAUUUUGGCUUGUGGCAUUUUU